AUAUACACGGUGCCAAAUCCCAGAAGACUGCUUUCUUCAUAGUUACCGCCGUGAAAGCCUCAAAUCUUACACAGCAUUGACUUGCAUCACCCUGAGGAAUACGUUCAGCACUUCAGCACGGCUGCCAUUUUUAAAAUUAAUCAGAAUCGAUCAGAAUAAUAUAAAGCAUGUCAACAGUACCAGGCAAACGAUUAAAACUUGAGUCAGAAGGUAGAUUAAAAAUUACUCAACAGCUGCGAAUUAAAUCAAGACGAAAAUACUUAGUGAAAAGAGAGAAGGACAAGAGAGCAGAAUUGGAGGCAGAUAUCAUUGAUGAUGAAUAUCUGUUUCAGGAGGAAGAGCUAACUGAACGGGAGCGUAAGGAACGCGAACACAAGAAGAAAUUACUUCAGUUGGCAAAGGAACAUGAGCAAGCACGUGAACUUGAGAAAGUUCAACGUUAUCAUAUGCCAGAAGACCUCAAGAAGGGCCAGGCUAAUGAGAAAUACGUGGAAGUGGACGAGCGUGAAAAAGCACCACAUUAUGAGCAGCGGAAAUGGGAGGAGGAGCAAAUGUCAUCAGCUGUGUUCCGAUUUGGUGCACGUGAUAAGGAGAAAAUUCAUGAAAAAGGUCAAGAGUAUGACCUGGUUUUGGAUGAUGAAAUUGAAUUUAUUCAGGCUUUGAGGAUGCCGGGCUCCAAGCCAGACCAAGAGGAUGAAAAUGAACCUAAACUCACAGAAUCAGAAAAGAAGAAAGUCAGCUUGCAAGAAACCAGAAGAAGCUUACCCAUCUUUCCUUUUAGAGAUGAUCUUAUACAGGCAAUUGAAAAACAUCAGGUUUUAAUCAUAGAAGGGGAGACAGGCUCUGGGAAAACAACUCAGAUUCCACAGUAUUUGUACGAAGCUGGAUUUACACGUGGUGGUAAGAAGAUAGGCUGUACACAGCCACGUAGAGUGGCAGCCAUGAGUGUAUCAGCGCGUGUUGCGCAGGAGAUGGGAGUUAAGCUUGGAAAUGAGGUUGGCUAUAGCAUCAGAUUUGAGGAUUGCACUUCUGAGCGGACAGUUAUCAAGUACAUGACUGAUGGAACACUACACAGGGAGUUUCUCUCAGAACCUGAUCUACAGUCAUACAGUGUGAUGAUCAUCGAUGAAGCUCAUGAAAGAACUCUUCACACAGAUAUUUUAUUUGGACUUGUUAAGGACAUUACCAGGUUCAGACCUGAUCUUAAGCUGCUCAUCUCAAGUGCAACGCUGGAUGCACAGAAAUUCUCAGAUUUCUUUGAUGAAGCACCUAUAUUUAGAAUACCAGGACGUCGUUAUCCUGUUGAUAUUUACUAUACGAAGGCCCCAGAAGCAGAUUAUAUUGAUGCGUGUGUGGUAUCAGUACUUCAGAUCCAUGCAACACAACCACUGGGAGAUAUAUUAGUUUUUCUCACUGGUCAAGAAGAAAUUGAAACUUGCCAAGAGCUGCUGCAGGAACGGUCUCGCCGUCUUGGUUCUAAGAUAAGGGAGCUGCUCAUUCUACCUGUUUACUCCAACUUGCCAAGUGACAUGCAGGCUCGUAUAUUCCAUCCAACUCCUCGAAAUGCAAGAAAAGUGGUACUAGCGACAAACAUUGCAGAGACAUCCCUAACUAUUGAUAACAUCAUUUAUGUGAUAGAUCCAGGAUUUUGUAAACAAAAUAGUUUCAAUUCGCGUACAGGCAUGGAGUCACUUAUAGUUGUGCCUAUCUCAAAGGCCUCUGCAAAUCAACGAGCAGGGCGUGCAGGCCGUGUUGCAGCCGGCAAGUGUUUCCGUCUGUAUACAGCCUGGGCAUACAAGCAUGAAUUGGAAGAUAACACAGUGCCAGAGAUUCAGCGUAUUAAUUUGGGCAAUGCUGUAUUGACAUUGAAGGCUUUAGGAAUUGAUGACCUUGUACAUUUUGACUUUUUGGAUCCUCCACCUCUUGAGACACUGGUAUUGGCAUUAGAGCAGUUAUACGCACUUGGGGCACUCAACCAUCAUGGAGAACUAACAAAACUGGGCCGUCGAAUGGCUGAAUUUCCCGUUGAUCCCAUGAUGGCAAAAAUGAUCCUUGCAUCAGAAAAGUAUAAGUGCUCAGAAGAGAUUCUGACUAUUGCUGCAAUGCUUUCUGUAAAUGGUGCCAUUUUCUACAGACCCAAGGACAAGACAGUCCAUGCUGAUGCUGCACGACAUAGCUUCUUUACACCAGGUGGUGAUCAUCUCAUGCUGCUGAAUAUUUACACACAGUGGGCUGAUUCUGACUUCUCCACACAGUGGUGUUAUGAGAAUUUCUUACAGCAUCGCUCUCUGAAACGUGCACGUGAUGUACGUGAUCAGCUGGCUGGGCUCAUGGCACGUGUUGAGAUAGAUCUGGUUUCAGCAGCAGGUGACACUGUUGGAAUCAGGAAGGCAAUCACAGCUGGAUAUUUCUACCAUGUGGCUAGACUGUCUAAAGGAGGCCAAUAUAAAACAGUCAAACAUCAGCAAACAGUGAUGAUACAUCCAAACAGUAGUAUGUUUGAAGAUUUGCCUCGCUGGGUGAUAUAUCAUGAACUUAAGUUUACCACCAAGGAAUUCUUGUGUCAGGUGAUUGAAAUUGAAAGUAAAUGGCUCCUUGAAGUAGCACCUCAUUACUACAAACCUCAUGUGCUUGAAGAUUCAACAAAUAAAAAGAUGCCAAAGAUGACAGGAAAGUCAUGAGCAGAACUGGGAAUUCAUUAGUUAUCAUUGUUCAUAGGUGCAACAUAAAAUAUAACACUACAAAUAAAAAUGGUAUUAUUAUUGUAUCUAGAAUCUGUAAUUAAACUUUUUAAUAUAUCACAAACUUAACGUAUAAUAAAGAGCCCAAAACAAACAGAAAACAAGAAAAUACAAAUUGU